AGUUUUAGUGUACGGAUCAGAGGAAACUUUUGUGAUUUUGGCCAGUCUCUCUCCGAGAUUCGCUCAAAGCAGUUGCUCGACGUCUGAUCCUCAUCCGCAUUUAGCGUUACGGAAACUUACAAUCUAUUUAGUCAUGGGCCAGACACGCGUAGCAACAAAAUCGCCGGAGACAGUGGUUUCCCCAGAAACUGCAAAUGGCCUGGAGGAGGAGGAACUGCAGCUUCUGGGCGAGAACAGCUGGGAGGAGUUCUCCAUCGACGUUCCGUGGGGAACCGUUGAGGGAAAGUGGUGGGGUUCGAAGGAGAGCCAACCAAUCAUCGCGCUUCAUGGCUGGCAGGACAACUGCGGCAGCUUCGACCGCCUGUGCCCACUGAUGCCGGCGGACACCUCCGUUCUGGCCAUCGAUCUGCCUGGGCAUGGAAAAUCCUCGCCGUAUCCGCAGGGCAUGCAGUACUUCAUUUUCUGGGAUGGCAUAUGCCUGAUUCGCCGGAUAGUGCGCAAAUAUAACUGGAAGGAUGUCACCCUCUUGGGUCAUUCGCUGGGCGGAGCUCUGACCUUCAUGUACGCAGCCAGUUUUCCCCUGGAGGUGAAGAAGCUGAUCAACAUCGAUAUUGCUGGUCCCACAGUUCGGGGAACUAAGAGGAUGGCGGAGGGCACCGGCAAGGCAUUGGACAAAUUCCUGGACUACGAAACACUGCCGGAGAGCAAACAGCCGUGCUAUUCGUACGAUGAGAUGAUAAAGCUAGUGCUGGACGCUUAUGAUGGCUCCGUGGAUGAGCCCUCCGUGCGGGUGCUGAUGAAACGGGGAAUGCGUCACAAUCCCAGCAAAGAUGGCUAUCUGUUCGCCAGGGAUCUGCGGCUGAAGGUGAGCCUGCUGGGCAUGUUCACCGCGGAGCAGACAUUGGCCUAUGCCCGUCAAAUCCGCUGCCGAGUGCUCAACAUUCGGGGAAAUCCCGGCAUGAAGUUCGAAUCGCCGCAGGUCUACGCGGAAGUGAUCAAAACGCUGCGGGAAAAUGCCUCCAAAGUGGUGUAUGUUGAGGUUCCCGGCACGCAUCAUCUGCAUCUCGUGACCCCGGAACGUGUGGCACCCCAUAUCAAUCAGUUUUUAAAGGACCCGUGAGGUACCAUUGACCGAUUGACUAGAAAGUUACUUAAGUAGGAGGCUAGAUAGAGAAUGCUAUAUGUAGAUAGUUUGUAUAUAUAUCAUCCCAUAUAUGUGAUGUGUCUGUGAGCAAAGGUAUGUGUCCGAUUUCUGUGGUAUCUAAUAAAAACACACAAAUUUAUGACCAAACAAAAA